UCUCUAUGAGCUUAUACUCCUUUUACCAGUUUAGUAACAUCGACUAAAUUUGUAUUAUUUGUAAAUAGAAUAUUAAUGUAUAGCAAGAGGGGGGCGUCUCACUGAAUUUGAGAAAUAUGAUUAUAGGACAUUAGGUAGCUAGAAGAGUAGAUUUUGGCCAAUUUGGUAGAUGGUGCCAUUUAUAGUUGGUGAGACAUACUUUAGUGCAUAUACAACUAAAAUCGCAUAUAUAUGAGAUCUCGUGCAUUGCAUAAUCCCACAACAAAAUGUGAUGGAACAUGGUAAUCCUCAUGGCCUUGGGCACAACUUGCGUUCAGAUUUUCAAGGGCCGCCGGGGGCGCACCAGGCACCACGCGACGUGCAGUGCUCUUCCCAUUGCUGGACCCUACCUCCUGCUGAGCCGUUUCCAAGAUGGGCAGCAAACAUCAAGUACAACCCAACUUUCGCCAACAGACCACACAGUUCACACAGUUGGAAUCGCUCUCGACAUGUAUGCUCACACUUGAACCCUUCUCAAAAGAUCAAGGUCAAUUGGUCAUCACGCUUGGUUGAAAAGCUAGUGGCUCGAUGCUACCGUGCGUUAGAUUAUGAUUGAAUGCCUCUAAGUUAGAAACCGGGCUAGACCGAUGCAUUCGAGACAUAUAGAGCUCGAAUGAAAGAAGAAGAAGAAAGAGUCGUCUAAAUGACUUGAUAAUUUAAUAAUGACAAAACAAGAAUUAGGGUAUACAAUGAUUUAAAUGCUUACUAUUUAUAGAUCAACCUUAUGAAAUUCUAGUUGGUGCCUACUGCCGAUGUGUUAGGUAUUAGUUGUAGCUUUAACCAGAUUUUGGAAUGAAUAAUUGCAUACUAUAUGUUAUAAUUAUCGUUUUGUUAAUGACUGUUAAUGGCG